GCCCCGGCAGAGGCGAGAGCUCGAGCGGUCGAGGAAGAAAAAAGCGGGCGGAGCGCGCGGCAAGAGCAACGGAAAAUGCCGAAUAAAAGCAAGAAAGACAAGGAACCCAAUAAAUCCAGCAAGAGCUCCAAGAGCGGCAGCAAGGAUGGCGCCGAGAACACUGAAGAGGUUCAGCAGCAGCCAGCUGCAAACAAACGUCCCAGUAACAGUGCUCCCCCUCAAACCCAACUCAAUAAAAUCAAGUACUCUGGAGGGCCUCAGAUUGUGAAGAAAGAGAGACGUCAAAGUUCAUCUCGCUUCAACCUGGCUAAAAAUAGAGAACUUCAGAAACUGCCAGCACUUAAAGACGCACAGACUCAUGAGAGGGAAGAGCUGUUUGUUCAGAAGUUACGACAAUGCUGCGUCCUCUUCGAUUUUGUCUCUGACCCUCUCAGUGACCUCAAAUACAAAGAGGUGAAACGUGCAGGUUUGAACGAGAUGGUGGAAUAUAUCACGCACAACCGAGAUGUCAUUACAGAGGCUAUUUACCCUGAGGCUGUUAUUAUGUUUUCAAUAAAUUUAUUCAGGACAUUGCCACCAUCAUCUAACCCCACUGGGGCAGAAUUUGAUCCAGAAGAAGAUGAGCCCACACUUGAGGCUGCCUGGCCACAUCUCCAGCUGGUCUACGAAUUUUUCCUGAGGUUCCUAGAGUGCGCCGAUUUUCAACCAAAUGUAGCAAAAAAGUAUGUUGACCAGAAAUUUGUCCUAUCGCUGUUGGAAUUGUUUGAUAGUGAGGAUCCAAGGGAGAGAGAUUUCCUCAAGACUAUUCUUCAUAGAAUCUAUGGCAAGUUCCUGGGCUUGAGGGCAUACAUCCGGAGACAAAUCAAUAAUAUCUUUUACAGGUUUAUAUAUGAAACUGAACACCAUAAUGGGAUUGCAGAGCUUCUAGAAAUUUUGGGCAGUAUCAUCAAUGGGUUUGCAUUACCUUUGAAAGAAGAGCAUAAAAUGUUCCUGAUCAGAGUAUUACUGCCAUUGCACAAAGUGAAAAGUCUCAGCGUCUACCAUCCACAGCUUGCCUACUGUGUGGUGCAGUUCCUUGAGAAAGACAGCAGCCUGACAGAGCCGGUGAUCGUAGGUUUGCUCAAGUUCUGGCCGAAAACACACAGUCCAAAGGAAGUGAUGUUUCUGAACGAACUGGAAGAAAUUCUUGACGUCAUCGAACCCUCAGAAUUUGUGAAAGUAAUGGAGCCACUUUUCCGACAACUUGCUAAAUGUGUUUCCAGUCCGCACUUUCAGGUGGCAGAGCGAGCUUUGUAUUAUUGGAACAAUGAGUAUAUCAUGAGUUUGAUCAGUGAUAAUGCUGCCAGGAUCCUCCCUAUAAUGUUCCCUGCACUUUACAAAAACUCUAAAAGUCACUGGAACAAGACAAUCCAUGGAUUGAUUUACAAUGCAUUGAAGCUAUUCAUGGAGAUGAAUCAGAAGUUGUUUGAUGAUUGCACUCAACAGUACAAAGCAGAGAAACAGAAGGAGAAAUUCAAACUUAAAGAGCGUGAGGAGAUCUGGCAAAAAAUAGAGGAUCUGGCUCAACAUAAUCCUCAGUCCAGUGCGUACACUGAGUGCUCAGCUAUCAGCCCCGUGUUCUCCAUGGAGACAGAGACUCCCACUACCGAGGAUAUCCAGCUGCUGAAGAAGGCUGUAGAGACUGAGGCUGUUCAGGUGAAGAAGGAAAUAAAGAAAGAGAAGGCUUUAUUACGCCGGAAGUCAGACCUGCCUCAGGAUGUGUACACUAUAAAGGCCCUUGAAGCACACAAGCGGCCAGAGGAGUACCUCAGCUCGAACCAGGAGGCUCUCUGACGGGCUCCAGUCCCAGGAUGUUAGCAGAGCCGCUCUCUGUCAGUGUAAAGCAUAGAAUGAACUGUUGAUCAGUGUUUAUGUAAAGCUGCAUCCAUUCUUUUGUAACCUGCUUCUUUUAAGUUUUCCCCCUUUGCUGUUGUUUCUCCCCCGAACCCACCACCCAAGUCAGUUUCUGUCUGUCGGUUGGAUUGGUUUAUGUUGGACCAAGGUGGAAUAAAAACACAGUGGACAAUAUCAAGCCUAAAACACCCAGAGACAGAAAAAAAGGAAACAGCUGCAAAUGCCCAGAGAUGAUGUGGCCUCCACUCUCCCCUGUGACUGUGUCUAGUCUAGGGGUGACCUGCACUCUCCCCUGUGACUGUGUCUAUCCUAGGAGGUGGCCUGCACUCUCCCCUGUGACUGUGUCUAGUCUAGGGGGUGACCUUUACUGCCCCUGCGACUGUGUCUAGUCUAGGGGUGACCUGCACUCUCCCCUGUGACUGUGUCUAGUCUAGGGGGAGGCCUGCACUCUCCCCUGUGUCUAGUCUACGGGGUGACCUGCAUUCUCCCCUGUGACUGUGUUUAGUCUAGGGGGUGACCUGCACUCUCCCCUGUGUCUAGUCUAGGGGGUGGCCUGCACUCUCCCCUGCGACUGUGUCUAGUCUAGGGGGUGGCCUGCACUCUACUUUGUGUCUAGUCUAGGAGGUGACCUGCACUCUCCUCUGUGACUGUGUCUAGCCGAGAGGUGGCCUGCACUCCCCUGUGUCUAGUCUAGGGGGUGACCUGCACUCUCCCCUGUGACUGAGUCUAGUCUAGGGUGUGGCCUGCACUCUCCCCUGUGUCUAGUCUUGGGGGGUGACCUGCACUCUCCCCGUGACUGUAUCUAGCCGAGAGGUGACCUGCACUCUCCCAUGUGUCUAGUCUAGGGGGUGACCUGCACUCUCCCCUGUGACUGUGUCUAGCCGAGAGGUGACCUGCACUCUCCCAUGUGUCUAGUCUAGGGGGUGACCUGCACUCUCCCCUGUGACUGUGUCUAGUCUAGGGGGAGGCCUGCACUCCCCUGUGACUGUGUCUAGUCCAGGGGGUGACCUGCACUCUCCCCAGUGACUGUAUCUAGUCGAGGGUGUGGCCUGCACUCUCCCCUGUGACUGUGUCUAGUCGAGGGUGUGGCCUGCACUCUCCCCUGUGACUGUGUCUAGUCUAGGGGGAGGCCUGUACUCUCCCCUGUGACUGUGUCUAACCGAGAGGUGGCCUGUACUCUCCCUGUGACUGUGUCUAGUCUAGGGGUGGCCUGUACUCUCCCCUGUGACUGUGUCUAGUCUAGGGGUGGCCUGUACUCUCCCCUGUGACUGUGUCUAGUCUAGGGGUGGCCUGUACUCUCCCCUGUGACUGUGUCUAGCCUAGGGGUGGCCUGUACUCUCCCCUGUGACUGUGUCUAGUCUAGGGGGUGACCUUUACUGUCCUUGUGACUGUGUCUAGCCUAGGGGUGGCCUGUACUCUCCCCUGUGACUGUGUCUAGUCUAGGGGUGGCCUGCACUCUCCCCUGUGACUGUGUCUAGUCUAGGGGGUGACCUUUACUGUCCCUGUGACUGUGUCUAGUCUAGGGGUGGCCUGCACUCUCCCCAGUGACUGUGUCUAGUCUAGGGGGUGACCUUUACUGUCCCUGUGACUGUGUCUAGCCUAGGGGUGGCCUGCACUCUCCCCAGUGACUGUGUCUAGUCUAGGGGGUGACCUUUACUGUCCCUGUGACUGUGUCUAGCCUAGGUGGAGGCCUGCACUCUCCCCAGUGACUGUGUCUAGCCCGGGGGUGGCCUGCACUCUCCCCUGUGACUGUGUCUAGCCGAGAGGUGGCCAGCAUUCUCCCCUGUGUCUAGUCUAGGGGGUGGCCUGCGCUCUCCCCAGUAACUGUGUCUAGUCUAGGGGGUGACCUUUACUGUCCCUGUGACUGUGUCUACCUAGGGGUGGCCUGCACUCUCCCCUGUGACUGUGUCUAGUCUAGGGGUGGCUUGCACUCUCCCCUGUGACUGUGUUUAAUCUAGGGGUUGACCUGCACUCUCCCCUGUGACCGUGUCUAGCCGAGAGGUGGCCUGCACUCUCCCCAGUGACUGUGUCUAGUCUAGGGGGUGACCUUUACUGUCCCUGUGACUGUGUCUAGCCUAGGGGGUAGCCUGUACUCUCCCCUGCAACAGUGUCUAAUCUGCGGGUUGUCUACACUGUCUCUGUGACAGUAUCUAGUCUAGAGUUUACCCUCACUGACUGUCCAGCCAUCCACCUCUGACUUUAUUGUGGGUUGAGUAGCCCAUUGUCUGUUGAGAAUUGAAUGAUUUUGUUUUGUACAAAUUAAUGUAAAGGCUGAAAUGUAGAUUUGCAGAGCUGGCAUUGAGUACCUGGCAGUGCUCAGUGCUCUUUUUGUAUUCUGUUAUGCUUCUCUCAGGUUUCACCCUUUCUCUCCUAAAGGGUUUUGCCUAGUGCUGUAGUAUGAUUCUACAGGUGUCUGCUAUCCUCUAGUCCCUCGCCAAGUGCAAAAGCAGCCAUUUAGUGCAGUCAGGCUGUUUGACCAUAGGAUUCAUCGCAAUCUGCCCUGUCUACCACAGCACUUUUCGGGAUAGCAAGUGGGAGAAGCAUGGCUGAUAUACCCAUUACUAACCCAGGAGAACAAAAGUCAAUUGUUUCUACCCAACCGUAGCUUCACUGCAGAGGGAACUGAAACAUUCUGUACAUCUCAACACCACAGCAGUCAAUGCAGCCCGUCUGUGAUCAGCCUGUCUGAACAGGGUGAAGUUCCGUUUGUAGGGCGACGCACUCUGGCAUACAAUUGAGUUCGUUUGCCUUGUCAUUUGUGGCUUACUUUGCUGUUUAUUUUUUACCCUUUUUGUGCAAUCAACAGCUGUGUAACAUUCAAUGAAUGAUGGAUAUAUGAAUAUAACAUUGAAAUACUUCAGUGCGUGACAAUGAUCGUCCUUGAAAUCCAGCACAAGUAUUUCCCUUCCUGCAGUGCUUGUAUUGAAGUGCCGUACUGACCACAGUACCAGGUUAUCCCUAUGGCAACACUUACAGAAAGUGAAAUUGCCUUUUGUGGGUUUUUUGUUUAAAUUUUGUUUUAACAAGCACUCAUAAUUAUGAGGAUUGUACCCUGGGACAUUGCAGGUGUGAGCAGUCUUGCCAGCUUCUUCCAACCUGUUGAGCUACCAGGUUUCUUUCCCACUAAUGAAAAUAAAGCACUUGGUAUUAUGCGAUUUUUUUCUCUUAACAGAAUCAUGUCAAAGUAUUGAGUGGAGUGACAAAGACUGUUUCAUUAAAGUAACAUCAUAUUAACACCAGGCUGGAACAGAGGCUGAAAGCAUCCAAUUGUUGCAGAGUCCCUGGGCUCUGGUGAAAAAUACAGGUAUAGAGGCUGCCACAGAGUGGGGGAUUGUCCUCAUCUGCCAAAUCGUGGAUCUGUGUUUCGACAUAUAAUGGGAAUAAUGGCCAUUUUUACGUUGGGUGUGUCGGAGUGGAUUUCCAGAGCUCGUUGCUGUUUUAUACAUGUAGCGCCAAUAAAAUGGAGUGUGUAUUUCAUCUGCUGAAACUGAAUGGGAGUCCUGGGUUUGUUUGGGGGGUGGAGGUGGAGUCUCUAAUUAGACCUGGUUUGCAUCCUAGUCCCACACACACUUUCCCUCCCACUUUGGCACCAAGGUUCUGUUCACUUGCUUUCUGAGAGCAUCAUGAAACUAGACAGCCAAUAUGGUGGAAUGUUUCAAUGUGGCAGGGUGGUAGCUGAUGGCAGGUAGUAGUGGGAACCUUUACUGGUUUUAUCCUCAUCUCUGUUCUGGUCAUUGAGAUCAGCUGUUAUACGUUUUUCUCUUUCAUUCCUUUUCUGUUAGUCUGAUAAGCCUACAGCACAAACCAGUGUGGUUUCACAUCAAGUGGAACAUUCAAGCCCAGUAAAAUUAACACAUUCUUUAUUAUAACACUAAAAAUAUGUUAUUUAAAUUAAGGGCUCAAUGCACCACUAGGUGAGAUACUGAGAUAUAGACUUGGGUGGUCAUGGACUCUAUUCUUUACUUUGGGUGAGUUAGCUGUACCAGUCAGGCUAUCCAUACAGUAUUCAGCAUCCAUAAAGAUGCUUAUUAAAUAGUACAUCAAAUACACAACAAUAUUGCUCUCCAAUUUUUCUCCAUUUUGAUCCCAAUAUCCAUUGUAUGUAUUGGAAGAAUGAAUCUACACUGCCCCAGCAACCACUAAUGACUAUUAGUGACUACCUGGCUUCGUUGGUAAUGCUUUCUCGGAGUGGUUGUGGUUUCAGGCCCUGCUUGGGCAGAAUAGAGUUAUUUCAUUGCAGGCCCAUUUCAGGUACGAGGGCUGAUAUGGGUGAUUGGGGUGGGGAGGUGGAGGGUUAGCGGCUUAGUGUCGGCAAUAAUGCACUGUCGGUAUUGCUGUUACUUGGAUUUGAUAUUGGAAGUUGGUUAGGUAGUGAUAUUAUUACAAGAAAGCUGGUUUUAAAGGGGAAAACCACAUAGGAGAAAAAAAGCAUCAAAAGAGAGAAAAAGGAAUGAUGUAGGUUGCCCUAGGGAUCUGUGCUGGGGCCUCUGUUUAACAUUUAUAUAAAAAUGAUUUGACUGCAAGCACAGGAAGAACUAUCUCUAAGAUUGCGGAUGCUAAAUUAGGGACCUGGCAAAUUGUGGCAGGCAGAAAUAGGCCAGCAGAGUGGGCAGACAGGUGACAUGUCGAAAAACAUCAAGUUUAAAUUUGGGUAAAAGUCAUUGACCAAAAAUACAGCCUAAAUGAUAAGAUUGUGGCAAAAUGAGUACAGAUAAAGCAAUCUUUAUAAAUGGGCAAAAAGUCAAAUGAAAUUCUGGGUUUUAUAUAUGAGAUAUGAAUGUAAUAGGAAGUGAUGCUGAAUUUACACAAGAGGUUGGUUAGGUCAAGGCUGGAGUAUUAUGUGCAGUUUGGGCACCCCAUUAUAGGAAGGGUUUCUGGAAUGCUUCAGCUUUUUCCUCACCAGGAUCGUUAGGAUGUAGAGGCAACCCAGCUUUCAUAGCCCAGUGGAAGAGGCUGCCACAUUGCUCCGUUUGCAACACAUUAGACCAUUCUUGAGCAGCUCUGGCGCAAACACACAUUUUGAGGUUGUAGCCCUCUCUUCACUGCACAAAACAGUAACUACUGACCCAUGGGAAACGGGUAGAAAUCAUCUGGCAGCCUCAUGGUGAAGCUUUACUGGCCUGGGGGCUAUGGAGACCAUCUGGCAGUCUGUUGGUGAAGCUUUACUGAACCAGGGUUGAAGAUAUCCUGCAGUCUGCUAGUGAAGCUUUACUGAGCUGGGGUUGAAGUUCGCCUUCAGUCUGAUAGUGUAGUUUUACUGAUCUCAUUGCUCACUGCUGUCUCCAGUCUGCCCUAUUAGAUAAUUGUUUUAUAGAGUAUUUUUACCAGCCUAUCUUUGCCAUGUAAUCAUUCAGUAAUUCUGUGUAGGGUCAUUUGUGCAGAGGAGGGGUUUGGAAAUAAAGCAAUUAAUUUUUUUUUUACUCUUACUGUAGUAAACCGAAGGUUAUGCCAGUUUUAAAUUUGUUUUGUCAAGCAUCAAAUCAUUUUUUGUAUUUAAAAGUGGAAUAACCACACUCUUCAUUAACCAAUGUAAGAACUUGAGGUAUCAUGACGGUGUCUGGGAUAAAUCUUGACAGAAACCUUUUCCUAAAUGCUCAUACAGCUUGUACUUUUCAGUCACGUAUUCCGGUUAUAUCACUUCUUGUUGGGACAAGGUAGCCAUGUUUCAGUACAGAUUUACCAGCGUCAGUGGAGUGAAUCUUGUAAAAAAGGUCUAGUUGCAGGUUUAUCUGGGGCCAAGGAAAUUCAGCUUUGGGAUUCAGACCACCCUGGAGUCCAUUCCUCCUCUCUUCUCCCCCCCCCCCCUCCCCAAUUUAUACAGCUGGUUCCCUGCCUCUGACUGCCAUUCAUUCAUUGUUGGUACCUGGCAUGAUCCACCAUACAGGAAUUGGAGGUUCAUUUUCACUGAUAAAUUUCUUUUGCUUCCCAGUGUCUUCCUCUCCUGAAUAUGGAUGUUUCUUGCUGAGGUAUGGUUCUCAGAGCUCACUCAGCAGGUGGCUAUUUCUUGUUCGUGAGCCUAGACAGGCUGGUAGUGUGCACACUACACGCCCUGUCCCAGAUUCUCAGUUCCAACAUAUGGAGCUCAUUGGAAGGACAUUUGUAAUAGUACUGACCUGGUUUUCAUGAAGUUGUGUUUUUGGAAUUUGCUUCAAGCAUUGACGGGACUCAAGGGUGGUCUGAAUCCCAAAGCUGAAUCUGGAACAAGAUUUUUUUUUUACAAGACGCACUCUACUGACCCUGGUGUACUGAUGAAAACAGCUGCCCUGAGUCCCUGAUUACCUCUUGUCCCUCCAGAAUAGAUGGAGAAUGGGAAUUCAGCAAUGAGCAGGCUUCAGUAAAGAACUUCUAGGACCGACUGGUCGAGGGGAUCUUAAAAUUAUAGAAUCUUGUUAAAGAUUUAUCUGGGAGCAGUGAAGUGGUUCAUGCUGAAGCCACUGGAGCAGAUUGCUUAAAUUGGGAUGUAAAAUGAACAGGAAAUGAAUCUUAAUUGUUCCAGUGAGAUUGUAACUGUUGCUUGAAAGAGCUUUUGGUUCUGCUGGGAAAGCUGAACAGAGAUGAGAGGUGUGUUCAGUUAUAACAGUUCUGAGUUGCUGCCGGAAUGGAAUGUUGUACCGGGCAUGAGGAAAACUCUCAGUGAAGAACUUGUAAUGGUAGACAGGCAUCAUGCACCAGUAAUUACACCCCUGGAGGGAAGUAAGCAAGUAGCAACUGCUUUAAAAGAACCAAAAUCUAUAAAAGUGAUUGGGGCAGCAGAUGUGAUCCUCAUCCCAGAAUGGUUUAAGAGGCACCAGAAAUGUAAGUUUUUAUCAGCUAGAUAUUGGAUGCCCCCACCCCCUACCCACUGUCAAUGCUGCAGAGCUCUUUUUGUGGAUGUGCAGCUUUGAAAGAACAAUGAAUCUGGUCUGCAGUAAAUCUAACCUUGCCUCCCCUCCCCAACCUCUAUGAACUGGGCACUGCUUUUCAAAUCUGUAUCCAUUGGAGAGUGAAGUAAAUAUUCCAGCCUCUUCCCAUUUCACUCAAUCAGUUUCUAGGAGAGGAACUGUUUGUCAGCCUCUGAAUCAGUCAUAGAAAGGGAGUUGCCAUAACCAGAGGUUGCCAGUCUCUCACUCCGCUUUGAUGUAAAUUUUAUGCUUGGCUUGUUUAAGUACAAUGGAAAACUAAGCAAUAUGUUAUAAUCAGAUAUCUCUUGGAGCAUAUACAAUGUCGAUGAAUCCUUACUAGGCUUGUUCAGGGAGCUUGUAUACAAUGUUGCACAUAUUCAUGUACUGUAUACUGUUGUACCACUGAGGGUUGUAAAAGAAAAACCCCUCUUGUCUCAGCCUCCUCCCAACCCUACCACCAAAUACAAAUGUAAAGCCUGUGGUAA